AUGGCCGGUGGUCGAUUCCGCGAGCUCCUGAAAAAGUACGGUAAAGUAGCGAUCGGCGUUCACUGUUCCGUUUCAGCAGCUUCCGUCACCGGCCUCUACGUCGCUAUUAGAAACAACGUGGACGUAGAAGCCAUCCUCGAGAAGUUCCAUUUGGGCGCCGCUUCCCCGGAGGAAAACGCUAACCCUAACUCUGAUACAGACUCUUCCGCGGUGCCAGUUAAGAGCCGCACGGCACAGAUGGCGGCUUCGGCAGGCGGUGCUUUCACCCUAGCUUUACUCUGCAACAAGGCUCUGAUCCCUGUUCGGGUUCCUAUCACUAUAGCACUCACGCCCCCAAUCGCGAGGUUCUUGGCUAGGAGGAACAUUUUGAAGACUGGUGUAUGA